GGCGGGAGUUUGUAAGUUCAUUUACAAAUCAUUAUUAAUAACCAUAAGAUUAGUGAGAACGGUUGCAAUACAUUUUAGGGCUGUGUUUAAACUGUGUCUAUAUGUGCUGGGCAUCAUGCGCUGCCGCUUUUGUUUCAAGCUCCAUAAAUUGUAGGCAGUGGGACAGAUAGCCGUGCUUUGCGGUAACGGUGACGCAAGGAACAGCAGCAACAGCACCCGGCUCAGUAGUUGAUUAUUCCCCACUGCCUAACGUUGGCAUCGUCGUCGUCGAUUGCCAUUGCGCAAUUAUUUAAUGUCGUCAACCGCACUGCUGUGCCGCAGACAUUGUUUUAAAUUCCGCGUGUUCAAUUCAUGGCGAACGCGCUUGCAGCGUCAAGAGCAGCACCACCAGCAACAGUUGUCCGUUAGAGCAACAGCCACAGCAGCAACGCAGUUGCCACGAGGAGGACGGAAACAAGUAUCGGCACAACUACAAAUAGUACGGCCGUACAAAGCUUUCGAACCCAUGGACGCGCCAAAGGAAGUCUUCCAGGGUAAAACCGAUCGUUUCAAAGGUGUGACAGUCGAUUGCAAAGACGAAUGUCUGACUAACGCCCAAUUUCAGGAAAAGCUUCAAAAAUCGGUUGAUUUUUGGAGUACGAACGGAAAUCGCGCAAUUUGGUUUUAUGUCUAUAAGAAUCAAGCUGAAUGGGUGCCCAUUUUGGCGGAGGCUGGCUUCGAUUUUCACCAUGCACGAACUGGCGUUGUCGCCAUGUACCGUUGGCUGCCGAAGGACGAGAGCAGCAACUUGCCCAACUACGCCCACACACUACUCGGCGUGGGAGGUCUUGUUAUCAAUGAUAAUGACGAGGUUCUAGUCGUAUCUGAUCGCUACGCGAUGAUACCUAACAGCUGGAAGCUACCUGGGGGCUACGUAGAGCCGCGCGAGAACCUCAUCGAUGCGGCCAUUCGCGAAGUGUGCGAGGAGACGGGCAUACAGACGACAUUUAAAUCGGUCGUAUGUCUGCGACACUCGCAUGGCGGCAACUUUGGUUGCUCCGACAUUUACAUGGUAGUAGGUCUGAAGCCUCUGAAUUUGGACUUCAAGCGCUGUGAGCGCGAGAUUGCGCGACUGCAAUGGAUGCCAAUUCAGGAGUAUCUAGAGCAUCCCCAAGUGCACGAGACAAAUCGGCACUUUGUGCGCACCUAUCUGGACUAUCAGCGACGGGGUCUGGUGCUCACCUGUCGCUGUGAAGUGCAUCAGGUGCUGAAGAAGGAGUACAACUUAUAUUUUGUAGAUCAACACACGCCGCAGUCAACAUCAAAUGAAGCCACAAAGUAGCCAGAAGCGGAACAACAGCGCAAUUAUUUUUGUUUAAAUUUCCCUUUGUGCAUGUUUAGUUAAAAUUUGUAGCUAUAUAAUAUUUUUUGGAUGGGUGUAAUUAAAAAAAAGCUUUAACAUCUAUA